GGCAUAUUUUUUUACAAAAUUCGUUUUAAAAUAAUGUAAAUGUAUUAAUAUAAACUCUAAAUUACGGGGAUGAAGUGUAGCUGGCAAUACAAUCACAUAAAAAAAAUGAUAAUCGUCUAUGAAAAUGUUUACGAAUCUAGGUAAUGUGUUGUAUUUCUAUAAAAUGUUAUCGUUAAACGAAAUUAACAAAAGAAAACAGUCUUAAAUCAUAAAAAUAAAAUUACUAUUAUAGAUGCUCAUUAGGUUAAUGUUUUCAUUUAUUAUUAUUUAUAUAAACUAUUAAUACAAAGUUCACAAAGUCCAAUAUUAGCAAAUUAAUCUGACAUUGACACGAAAUUGUUGGAAGCAAAGCAAAAGCAAACGGUUUUUAAGAGGUUAUGCUGGUUAUGUUUGGUUUUGAUUAAUAAUAAAUUGUUAACGUUAACAGUAACAGCAAAUAAGUCAAACAGAACAAUCAGACGCAGGCGUACCAAAAAUGCUUGAUAAAAUUCUUUAUAACACUGUGUUAUGCCAAACAUUUUCACCUUGCGGUAAAUAUUUAGUGGCCGGUAACAUUUACGGACAAGUAGCUGUAUUUGACCUCGACAGAAUACUAAAUCCUAUCGUAGAACUCCUUACGUCUGACUACAACAAGCCAAAACAAAUCUAUAAAAUUGAGUCUGGAAAACAAAUAUGCAGUUUGGCCAGUUCUGAGAAUUUUCUCAUUAUUGGAACAGUUAAUGAAAUUGCAGGGUGGGAAUGGAAGGCAGUUAUGUCCGGAAAAUGGUCCAAACAGUCAUGGACAAUAACCAUACCUAUGAAAUCCUCCAUGGAGCAAUCUGACGUAAACAGUCUAUGGCUUUCUGAAGAUCAGUCCAAACUGUUUGCGGGAUGUGGGGACAACCAUAUUUAUGCUUUUAAUCUGGAGGAUGGCCGAUUGGUGGCAACCUUCAAGGGUCAUAGUGAUUAUAUUCAUAGCAUUGAUGGCAAGGCGCAACAGCUUAUAUCUGGCGGUGAAGAUGGUCUGGUCAUGCUUUGGGAUGAGAGGACUGGAAAGUCUCAUAACAAACUGGAGCCCCACGCCAACAGCAAAGUGAGCCGGCCAGAGGUGGGCAAGUGGAUAGGGGCUGCGUCUUUGGGAGAUGACUGGAUUGUAUGCGGCGGCGGCCCCCGCCUAGCCCUCUGGCACCUCCGCUCCCUCGACCCCGUGACCACCUUCGACCUCCCCGACCGCGGCAUACACGUCGCCUUCUUCCACGAUGACUGCGUCUUCGCCGGGGGCGCCACCAAGCACCUCUACCAACUUUCAUACUCCGGUGACGUUAGGGUUGAACUGCCCGUGUCAGCGACUACUGUGUACUCGGCGGUGCUAAAGACAAAUCCCAAUGUGUUGGCUAUUGCGGGGUCUAGUCCGGAAAUUGAUCUGUGUACAACGUUUAAUUAUAGAGAUCAGGUGCUACAUUUCCGGUAAGUUGUAAGCAAAGCAGUUGCAGAUGCAAAUAAAUUAUUAGUGUAGCUCUUUCCCGCUCUGGCAGGGCUGUAAAUGUAAAUCCAGUAAAAAAAAAUUGUGACCUAUUUUGUACCUUGUCACUGGGAAAUGGGUCACAAAUUAAAUAUUUUGAUUCUACUAAGUUUAAGUGUAAUUUUGUUUUUCUAUAGUCUGGUAGACCAUUUAAGACAAGGCGGAAAAAAAAUCAUAUAACAUUUUCGCGCAUUUAAGUAUAGUAUGAAUUAUGUCAGAUGAUUUUUUGGCCUCAAACCCUAAGCUGUUAAAAAAGGCAAUAUUUCUUUUGUGCUCCGCGGUGCCUACCUAAUUUUUAGGGUUCCGUAGCCAAAUGGCAAAAAACGGAACCCUUAUAGAUUCGUCAUGUCCGUCUGUCUGUCCGAUUAUGUCACAGCCACUUUUUAAUUAAUGAGAAGGAUCAAGCCCAUUUAAAAGGUAAUUUCAGCGUUCUAAUUAUAUGGUUCAAAUUCAUGUAACAGCAUUGGGAGAUAACGAUAAAGGUUUGGGUAAUGUAAGAAUAUUCGGAGGUAACAAAAAGCUGUUGCAUAAAUUUGAGCCGUAUGUGUAGAGCGCUAAAAUUGUCUUUUAAACGGGCGUGAUCUUUCUCACUGAUGAGAAAUUAGGUAGCCACCGCAUAGCACAAAAUAAACAAUGCCUUUCGUUUAACAGCUUAGGGUUUGAAGCAAAAAUCAUUUCAGAUAAUUCAUACUAUAAGUAUAGUCGUUCGUUUUGUAGCUGGCCCGCAUGGCUAAUCCUUAGUCUAUUGUAAGUAAAACCGCGCGUGCUACUUGCCUGCAUUAAAAAAAGUUUUGUUCGUUUUUUUUUUACUCGGUUAACCGGUUAUUGAAUUACGACUGUAUGAGUUUUGCAAUAAGAUUCAAAAUGUACUAAUGGAAAAAAAUAUGUUGCGAGGCUGUGUGGUCCCUCUACGGUUACUGAGUGCCGGCGAAUCGAACGCUACCAGUGUAAAAUGUGUCAACGAGUGCGGAACAAAGGCGCGUUAUCGAAGAGCGCACUUACACUGGUUUUUUGAGCGUUGGACUAGCCCGCGGUCAGGUGCCAAUUACAAUUUUUUUUGCAGGCAGUCGCACGUGUGGUUUUACAUACAAAAGAUAAAAUAUUAGCCGUUCGGGUCCAGCUACAAAACGAACGACUAUAUAUGUAAUGACAAAUUGAUUUGCCGGACUAUAGAUACCUUGCAUUUUGCAAAUAAACCUGAGUUAAGGGUCAGUUUUAUGUCCCUCAUUGUGACAUGAACUAUGAUGAAUUUAUGUUAAGACAGACAGGACUCUGACCACGCUAACUUUGCACAAUCUCGAUAAUCCGUACACAGGCUAUCCGAACGUAAAUAACAUACUAAAAAAUCAUAGAAAAUGGAAAAUACAUAGAGAAGUGGAAAAACUAUUUCUAUUUCUAUAUAAAACUUAGCGUGGGCCUGAAUCUAAAUGACAUCAGGGUUGACUGAAAAUAAAAUUGUAAAACACAUCAAA